CCUCCAACCAAAAUCAAACACUUGUUGCAGAUCAGAGUAGUUGUCAAUUCGAAGAUAAGCUAGUAGCUUAUAUAGUGGCAGAGUAUAUCAGAAACUAAUCCCAGUUCAAAAGAAACAUCUUGUUGGGUCGAGUGCGGUUGGUUUUUUUACGUUAUAUUCACAAAUCUCAGUAAACAAAUCAAUAAAAUGUUAAACACACUCGGCGACUUGCUUGGUCCAUAUAGCGAAACUAUUGGCGCAGUUGCUGGUAUAGUAACCUGCUUACAAGCAUUUUCUGGUGGAUUUCUAAUCAACGAUAUAAGGAAAAGAGGCUUCGCAGAUGGAUUCUCAGCAGCUCCCUUUUUGGGGGGUAUGGUCAUUUCUAUUCUUGGAUACAAACUUGCAUCAAUUGUUAACGACACUGCAAUGAUCCGAACUAACCUCAUCGGUCUUGCCAUCAAUGCAAUUUACAUGCUUUGCUUCUAUGUAUAUACUUCAGCAGAAACUAGGCCAUCAAUUCGAAAACAAAUUGUAUGGGCAAGUGUCUUUUCGGCAACUUGUAUUGCAUACGCAAGCUUGGAGGAUCCCACACAGCUUGAAUUUCGCUUUGGCACAUUAUUAACAACUCUAUUAGCAUGUUUAGUGGGAUCACCAAUGUUAGGAGUAGGUGAGAUUAUCAGAAAGAAAAGUGCAGCAAAUCUCCCUUUUCCCAUCAUUCUAUGCGGAACAAUGGUUGCAGCUUUAUGGCUAACUUAUGGGAUUUCUUUAAAAAAUCAAAUUUUAAUUUACCAAAAUGCAUUCCUGCUGCUAUUAAGCGCACCUCAAUUGUUUCUAUGUUUCAUAUAUCCAGGACCACCCAACAAUGAUGAGACAGACAGUGAAAAAUUACUCAAGAAGAGGAAAUAAUUAAUAUAUCGUCUUAUUUUCUAAAUUCUAAAUGCACAAAAACUCUUCCAGAUUUCUAGAUUAUAUUAAAAAUUUCCUAGUAUGUAAAAUCUUUUAUCAAAUUAGCUUUGAUCGCUACAAAAAGUGCUGACAAUAAGAAAUAGCCAUUACGCCAACAUCUGCCAUGUUGUUAAAAUAAAACAAAAUAUUUGUGAUACCGAAUUAUAUUCUAAAAGCGCCUAGUAAUAUUGUUCAAAAAUAAUAUCUCCAAGUAGAGAGAUAUUGUAUAUUUUUUUCCAUUUUGAUUGUUAAAAAUAAAUAAUAAAAAUAUAUUUACUAUACAAAAA